UAUGAUGACGCUUCUUCCGUAGUUAGCAAGCCAGCUACAAGUAACAAGAACGAAACAAUUUAUUGUUUUCAGCAUGGGAUGUGAUGGAGGAACUAUUCCUAAAAGACAUGAGCUGGUGAAAGGCCCCAAGAAGGUUGAAAAGGUGGAUAAAAAUGCAGAACUUGCUGCAAAGUGGAAAUAUUGUGCCCUGAGUCAGGAGAAACUCAGACGACCCAUCGUUGCCUGUGAACUUGGAAGACUUUACAACAAAGAUGCUGUCAUUGAGUACCUUCUGGAUAAGUCCGCUCAGAGACCCAAUUCUGAAGUCGUCACACACAUCCGUGGAAUUAAGGAUAUAAAGGAGCUAAACUUGACUGAUAACCCUGAGUGGGAAGGAGAAAGAAGAAAUGCCAAAGGAGACCGUUACGAGGACAUACACUGCGGAAUGUUCAUUUGUCCCGUCGUGGGAUUGGAGAUGAAUGGCAAGCACAGGUUCUGUUAUCUGCAGACGUGCGGCUGUGUCUUCUCUGAUCGGGCUCUGAAGGAGGUCAAAACAGAAAUCUGCCACAAGUGUGGGGAUCCAUUUCAAGAUGAGGAUAUUGUUGUGCUCAAUGGCACUAAGGAAGAAGUGGAGAAGUUGAGUGAGAAGAUGGAAGAGAAGCGAGUCAAAGCUAAGAAAUCAAAAAAGAAGAAGUCUGCUCAGUCGGUGUUCGCGCCAUUAGACUCACAAGAUGAAAGAUGUUCUCCACAACUGAACAUGGGGGAGAGCAGCUCACUACAAAAUGGCACUGCAGGCAGCAAAUUAGCUGUUGCUGGACCUUCUGGAUUGUGCGGGUCCUCUAAAGACACACAGUCUUCUGAAGCUACCACCAAGAAGAGGUCCAUCCAAGACAUGGAGGAAAAGUCAGAGGCCUUCAAAUCCUUGUUCACUAGCCAUAGUUCGGCCAAGCGCACUAAAGAACAGAUGUCCAACUGGGUCACCCACACCCCAUAUCACUUCUAGUUCUGGUCCACUCAGAGCCGUCAGAUGCGGUUACUGUUGGACAUAUUACACAAAACACAUGAACACCAUCCAUGAUUGUGUGUCACCAAUGUGCGAGGUCAUUACCAACUUGCUGCUUCAAUCCCCAGUAGCUUUGUGUUGACAUGUUUGGAACAUUUUGUUAAUAGCUCCCUAAGGGUUUUGAGGCUUAAUUUCUCACCCAUGUCUUCCAGCUGUGUACCUCCACAUGGUUUCAGUCACAUGGCACUUUGGGAAUUGACCUAAAGGAGUUUUUUGUUUUAUACCGUACCUUUCUCUUAACUGUCUCUCUGCUGUCUCCUAGUGGGCAAGGUGCAGUUUUAUCACAUGAGCAUCACAAAAUAUGACAAAGGAAUUCAAGGCUGAUAGUGAUUUCAGUGCAUUGAGAUUUGAUUUUUAUUGUUCAAUAUCAAAAAAAAUUAUAUAUAUAUAUAUAUAUAUAUAUAUAUAUAUAUAUAAACAGUUCCUCUUAGAUUGUUUGUGGCUUCAGUCAUUAUUGUACAUUAUAUUAAAUGGCCACUUUUUCUAAAAAUCCUUUUUACCCC